AUGUCCGGAGAUGGGAUAGCCGGACGGAAGCCCUACGGCUAUACCACACGCAUGUUCAGCGUCGUGGGUUGGAAGCGGCUAGAAGUGAACCGCAUGAUGGUUUUUGCGGGUAUAACCAAGGCCAACUUUCAGUCCGUCAUGCGUCGAGCUUUCGUGUGGAAACCAAAAGCCCGCUUUCAUCCACAGUCUGUACUGCAACAAGCCCAUGCCGACCAUGAAAAAGACGGACAUUUCGUAGCUGAUCCGACCUUAAAGCAGUUCUUGAUAAGCUCAGGUGCUUGCGCUGCUGGCUUGCGUCUACAGCAUGCAUUCGAACUGCAGCAUAGUCGAGAUGAUUGCGUGCAAAUGAUCGAGGACUACGCUACAGGCGGGGAUGGGUUUUUGACCGAAGACAAAAUGCGGAAGGCUUGUGAUUUGGAGCUCCGGGUUCGCCAUCAAGAAACUGCCAUGGGCGGAGUUGGCCUCCUGCACGUUUCAGAUUCACAAGAGGAGCGAGAUUUAGAAGAGAAGCAGUACACGGCCCUGCGAGAUUGCCUGGUAGAGCACAUGCUUGAGACGUGCGUCAGCGACAUCACUAUCUGGGAGUUCAAAAGAUUUCAUGGAGGCGUGCAGAACAGGCCGAAUGCAACUCAUCAAACAAUGUUCAAAGAGCUGCAAUCCAAAAACUUUAUGCAAAAAGGUUGCCGGAAGGGGAAGACCAAGGAAGUUCUACAGCCAAAAAUUGCUUGUGAUGUGAAGUUUGAAGAUGUUGUUCCUCUGGAAAGGGUGCGUGAGGAUACCGCCUUUCCGGAGACCAUGAAUGUUGUGCAGCUGCGAAGGUAUUUGGAUGGCAACCCCUGUCGCCACAACAAUGUUGGUGUCGUGAAACAAUAUCUCACAGAGCGCCUUGGAGAAGAAAAGCGAAGGAGAGGCCGGCCUGGUGCGGAUGAUCAAAUGAGAAAACACAGUUUGCAGCAGGAGUUUGACAAGUUAGAGACCUAUGAGAAUAUUUGCCAGCAGCUGGGGGACGCAGCCGAGACGCAAUCAUCUCAAACCCCACGGCGCAGAAGAUGGAAAGCGCCAGAUGUGCUGCUGCAGGGUCCUGCCGAUGACUUUGCGUCCGUGUCAGCAAAAUACAAGUAUUGUGGCGAAAGGAAAUUGCGAGCCCGGCGCUACGCAUGUCAGAAUUCUGCCCAGAGGUGUGCCAGGCGCAUCCAGACACAGCUGUAUGGCCACACAAUCGAUUUGGAUAUCGAGAACUGCUGUGCGACUCUUGUGCUCCAACUUUUGCACAAAUUGAAGCCGAACCCGCCUAUGCCGGAUGCAGCGCUGCAGGCUCUCAAGCGCUGGGUCGACAGCCGUGCAAGUGUAUGCCGCGAGGAGUUAGGUGUCACACCCCAAGAAGGGAAGAAGCUGGUCACAGCUUUGUUGUCUGGAGCAACACCUAGUGCGUCGCAAGCCACAAUCAACUUUAUCAAAAACAUUCAGAGAGCGUCCAUCUACCUUCGUUGGCUAGCAUGUUCUGUGCUCAUUGAAGAUUAUGAGGAGCUAGAGAAGAGAAGCGAUAAGCCUUAUCCAGGAGCAACUGUUUUUUCCUACAUGUGGACAGCCGUAGAGGAUUUCGUGUUGGAAUCCUGGUGCAACUUCUUGCUCCGGAGACGACCCACCCAUUUGUCGCUCCAUUUUGAUGGGGUGCGGGUCGAUGAACACACUGUUGGUGAUGUUGAGGGCUUGAUAUCAGAGUCUGAAAGCAAAGUCAAGGAAUCCACUGGGUUCAUUGUAAAGAUUCGGCAGAAGACUCAUAAUUACUUCAUGCAAGCCUUGAGAGCUUUGGAUUCAGUUUUGGUGGAUGGUGUUCCUCCCGAGCUGCGGGAGGCUCCAAACUGCAUUCCUUGCGCGUUGUGGCACCUGGCCAGUGCUGAUGACAAGGAAACCUGUCUGCAAGCAUUUAUCAACCUUGAAGCCGUCCAGAAUUCAUACGCUGCUGAGAGAAAAUACCGCACUUACAGGCAAUGUGCUGAGCUACUGCAGGUUCAAAUGAUUCCAACUGUAGGUGCGUGCGACAAGCCCGGGCACUACUUGCUACACAGUGAAAAUAAUGGCAGCCCUCAUUGCGUGUCCCUGCGUGUCCUUGAACUUGAGGAAGCCGAGUCUUUGAGUGUAGUCGUCACAGACGAGGCCAGGCAGUACAAACUCACAGCGGCAGCCUUUGCUGACCUCGCGCUGAAUUCCACUGACUCUUCCACGAUGGUCUCCUUUCGCGUGAGCCCAAGAGAGGGGGAGGAGACAAGUUCGUGCUUGCUGGAUCUACAAGCAGGCUCCUCUGCACCAUCCUCUGAAGAGGAAAGCACCCUCUUCGAACAGCCAAACUUCAUUGACAGUGAGUUUUCUACUCCGAGGUCUUCGAUGGGCUCUGCUAUCCCAGCCUUCAUGCUGUUUCCAGAACUGAUAAAGGAGCGCGUUUCACUGCUCGAAGGGUUGUGCUGCGAUUAUGUUCCGCUACUAGCAAGCCAGCCAAGCUUGUGGAACAAGAUUCCAUCAACUGGGGCUGCGCUAUCGCAAACAGAAUGGCUCGCAGAAAUUUGUGAAGCCAGGCGACAACUACACACGGCUUGGUCGUCUACAAGCUCAACAUUCCCAGCGCCCGCUGAUGAAGCAGUGUGUCGUGUAGACAAAAGAUUGAAAGUCUACAUGUCAAUGCUCAGGGUCCAUCGUGAUACCCCUGGUGCUGUCGACGUUGUGGGUGAACUCCCAAACCCCUGCGACAGUCAAGUUAGCAAGCGGACCUGGGAGGCGCAGGCAAUGUCUUGCCGGCAAAAAAUUCGGCAAAUGCAGGAUGCACGAGGAGGGGCUACCUCAGAUGAAGAAGUUUGCCUGCCAGAAAACUCUUUUGUGGUGGAUGAUGAUGGAAGGGUGGUCUUUGCGGAUAUUGUAUUGGAUUCUUUGGAAGAGGAGACUACAGAAUACUUGGAGGCGAUUUGUGUCAACAACAUUCGGAAGAUCAACGGCCGGUUCAAGUGCGCCCUCUGCCCCUUCAGAUCCUUCUGCCGUCUGCGGCAGUUGCGAGACCAUGUCCAGAAGUACCACAGCAGAAAAGCGCAGUUUGUGUGCUCAGGCACGAAGCAGAUGAAGAUUAUCUUGGCCCUUCACGACGCAGACUGUGUGCAGAGAACUCGCGGAGGCAACUUCCUCUGGAGAAGCUCUUUGAUCCUGCAAAGAGAUGUGGAGCCGCCUCUAGCCUGUGAGACCAACAGCAUAGACAAGUCACUCAGGUUGAUUCUCACUGGGCUUGGCCCCAAGUAUGUGGAGUUUGUCAUUGAGAUCCAUCGGGUGUCAAUUUAUCUUCGCUGGCUCGCGUGCUCCAUUUUGAAGGAAGAGUAUGAGGAGUUGGAGAAAAACAGUGACAAACCAUAUCCUGGUGCCACCACCUUCUUCUACAUGUGGGCUGCAAUCGAAGAUGCAGUAUUGGAGCAUUGGUGCAACUUGCUUCUGAAAAAGCGGCCAAAGCAUUUGUCCUUACACUUUGACGGGGUGCGUGUGAGCACAGACAUCGCAACCGAUAUGGAUGCAUUAAUACUUGAAUGUGAGCAGCAUAUCCGAGAACAGACAGGCUUUGCUGUCAGAAUUCGGGAAAAACAGCACAAGCAUUUCAUUGCGCACCUGUCAAGCCUACCGUCGGAAAAGUUGGAGGAAGUGCCGACUGAGCUUGUUCAGGCCCCAAAUUGCAUCCCAUGCGCUCUUUGGCAUUUGACGCCUGCCGCAGAAAAGCGCGUAUGCCUUGGAAAGUUCAUGCAAGCUGACACGCCAGAGAAUGCUUAUGCGACCGAGAGAAACUACCGCACCUACUCUCAAUGCUCAGUCCUCCUUGGCAUCUGCUUGUCUGGUUCUAUGGGGCUUGCCUGUGAUGAACCUGGAAAAUAUUUGAUUCACAGCGAAAACAAUGGUUCCCCCCAUUGCGUUGCUGUGGAAGUACUGGAGGAAAAUGAUCUCAUGAUUGCAGUGGUGUUUGAUGGUCGUUCUCGCUAUAGAUGCAGUCCCACAGCAUUGAAGCAGGCUGCAGCUGCAGCGACAGACCAAUCAACCAUGGUCUCAUUUCGUGUUCGCGACAAUGCACACGACCAUUCCAUUUCCCAAAAGUGUUUGUUGGACCUUCAGGCCGGAGCCAGUUCAGAGGAAGAAGAGGCCGGAGCUGAAAGCGCGUUUAUCGUUGAUGACGAAGGAGACAUCAGGUUUGCGGACAAUGUGCUGGACUCCAUGGAGGAAGAAGUCCAAGAGUACAUGUCUGAAAUUAAAGCGGAAAACAUCCGCAAGAUCGAUGGGCGGUACAUCUGUGCCUUGUGCCCGUUCAGAUCAUUUCAUCGUCUGCCCCAGCUGCGAGCACACGUGGGAAGGUACCAUGUAGCUGCAUGGCAGUUUGUAUGCUCAGGCAAGAAGCAGCUGAAGGUCAUCCUUGCCUUGCACGAUGCAGAUUGCGGCCGGAAACAGUUUGGCGCAGAGUAUCUUUUCCGAAGUUCCUUACUUCUCCGAAGGCAAGUGUCCCCACCGCUGAGUUGCCAGCAAAACGGCAUAGAUAAAUUCAUCCGGCUCGUGUUUUCUGGAGAGGGACCUAUGUAUGUCAACGCAGACGCCAUUGGAGAGACUGUUGUUGCCAGACGGGUGUUGAACAUUUAUUAUGACAAAUCCUUCGCCGAAAUCCUUCUUCGAGAGAUCGUAUUGCAUCAUUCCAACGAGCCUUGGCCUUUGCUUAGCUCAGGGAACGUGCUCGGCAUGCUUUACCCUUCCCAUGCCCGUCACUGGUGGCCUCUCAUCGAAGACGUGUUCAUGUCCAAUCAUGUGAAGGAAAUCGGUGAGAACAUCUUUAAGAGUUUGGAACGCAAUGAGGAGUUCCUUUCUCUUUCAGUUGAUGCCACGUUGAAGGUGUGCAUGACCAUCCAGGGUCAAGCCAGCCACCGAGCACCGGCCGCUGUUCGCAAUGCUGCCUGCUUUGACGAUGAGAGUUCUUUGCGGCGUGUGAAGUUUGUUGCAAGCGACAGUCCAUCUUUGAAACUGUUCCGGGAGAUCAAAGCCGUUUGCAGGCAUCUCCAAUGCAUUUCAUUGGAUCCAGUGCACCUGGCCAUCGUGUACGAAUACGCCCAGUGGGGCAAGAAAUCUGCGGGCUCCAGGGUGCUCAGGCCCGCAGCCCUGAGCAGGGAAGAAGAGCAGGCCCGACAAAAAAUUUUGGACGGUAGCAUGAGUCAAGCCAGGGCCAAACGCAUCCUAGAGGCAUUAGAUGCAAAUACACCACUCCUUUCCCGAAUCACAUUCGUGGAAACGCUCGCAGCCAUCUGCACUUGUUUCCCUAAUGAAGUGAGCCGAAGAGUCACCGGUACCAACAAAGAAGUCCGGAAAAUUCUGUGGGCAGCGGCAGCACCGGAUCGAAUGGAAUGGUUGUUCAACAACCUGCGAGUCCGGCAUGCCAUGACUCCGGCCCAGAGAGCUUUGUUACCAAGCGGAACCUCUUCGAAUGAAGCACUACAUGCUGAAAUUAAUGCGUGGUCAAGGACAAAUCAUGCGCUGCAUCAAAGCACUCUGCGAUUGAAACUUCAAAUCAUGCAAUUCGGCAAGCUGGUGGCACAUCACGCUGCCACCUGCUUCCCUACAAUCAAGCAGUGCAGCGAAUCAGUGCUGCUGGCGCGGUGCUUGGCUUCGGAGGAUUGGCCGGAUGAGAAGUGGAAAGCAUGCUGCAAAGGCACUGAGAAGGCACAUCUUCCUUUGCACAAGGACAGAGUGCAGGAGGCGGCGCAGGUCCGGCAGUGGAAUGCUGCCAAUGUGAUGAAAGGUACGGAAACACCAUGUCAAAAAACGCACGGUUCACACUGUGAGGCGGCACCGCUCGAUUCGUUCAGCUGGUGUUAA